AUGAGGCCGAGCUGGGGACCUGCGCUGCUGCUCCUGGACCUGGUGGUCCUCGUAGGGGGUCUUCAAGGGACUCAGCGGGCCUGUGGGCAGCGUGGCCCUGGGCCGCCCGAGCCUCAGGAGGGCAGCACAGUGUCAGGCGAGUGGCCGUGGCAGGCCAGCGUGCGGCAGCAAGGGCUGCACGUCUGCAGCGGCUCCCUGGUGGCAGACGGCUGGGUCCUCACCGCUGCCCACUGCUUUGAAAAGGUGGCAGCAACAGAGCUCGACUCCUGGUCAGUUGUCCUGGGCUCUCUGCAGCGGGAGGGCCUGAGCCCAGGGGCUGAGGAGGUACCCGUGGCUGCGCUGCAGCUGCCCAGGGCCUAUAACCACUACAGCCAGGGUUCAGACCUGGCCCUGCUGCGGCUCGCCCGGCCCACAGCCCACACACCCCUCUGCCUGCCUCAGCCCACUCACCACUUCCCCUUUGGGACCUCUUGCUGGGCCACUGGCUGGAACCAAGACACCGAUGAUCCUCCCAGGACCCUGCGGAAUUUGCGCCUACGUCUCAUCAGCCGCCCCACGUGUAACUGCCUCUACAACAGGCUGCAUCAGCGGCCGCUGGCCAGCCCAGCCCGACCUGGCAUGCUGUGUGGGGGUGCCCAGCCUGGGGUACAGGGGCCCUGUCAGGGGGACUCGGGGGGCCCUGUGAUGUGCCACGAGCCUGAUGGGCACUGGGUCCAGGCUGGCAUCAUCAGUUUCGCAUCAAGCUGUGCCCGGGAAGACACGCCAGUGCUGCUGACGGACUUGACUGCCCACAGUGCCUGGCUGCAGGCUCAAGCCCACGGGGCUGCCUUCCCAGCUCAGAGCCCAGACACCCCGGUGAUCAGUGAUGAGGACAGCUGUGUAGCUUGUGGGUCCCUGAGGGGAGAAGGCCCACAGGCUGGCGGCCCCUCCCCGUGGCCCUGGGAUGCCUGGCUGAAGCACCAAGGGACACUGGCCUGUGGCGGAGCCCUGGUUUCAGAGGUGGUGGUGCUGACGGCUGCCCACUGCUUCAUUGGACGCCAGGGCGCAGAGGAGUGGAGUGUGAGGCUGGGAGCUGAACCGGAGGAGCGUGGACUCAAACAGCUCAUCCUGCACGGGGCCUAUACCCACCCAGAGGGGGGACACGACGUGGCUCUCCUGUUACUGGCCCAGCCCGUGACCCUGGGCCCCAGCCUUCGGCCCCUCUGCCUGCCCUAUGCUGACCACCACCUGCCUGAUGGGGCACGCGGCUGGGCUCUGGGGCUGGCUCACCGAGCAGGAGGAGGUAUCAGACCCCGACAGACAGUGCCAGUGACCCUGCUGGGGCCGAGGGCCUGUGGCCGCCUGCAUGCAGCCCCUGGAGGUGAUGGCGUCCCCAUUCAGCCAGGGAUGGUGUGUAGCAGUGUGGUGGGUGAGCUGCCCCGCUGCGAGGGCCUGUCUGGGGCACCGCUGGUGCUUGAGGUGAGGGGCACGUGGUUCCUGGCUGGGCUACACAGCUUUGGAGAUGCUUGUCAUGGCCCCGUGCGCCCCGCUGUCUUCACGGCACUUCCGGCCUACGAGGACUGGGUCAGCAGCUUAGACUGGCAGGUCUACUUUGCCGAGGAGCCGGAGCUGGAGCCGGAGCCUGAGCCCGGAAGCUGCCUGGCCAACAUGAGUAUGCUGCUGACAGGCGGCUUUGGGCUGAUUGCGGGCUGCCCUGCACUCACCAUGGUCAUGCCUGCCUGCCCUCUCGGUGCCUCUCACCCGAGUGUGUGACUGAUGCAGAGCCAGUAGCCCAGACUUCUGGGAAGAAACCUGCCCAGGACGGGCCUCUGCCCCCACCCUCCACCAGCCCCCCUGGGGAGCAUUCGUCCCUGCAGGACAGGGAGAUGUCUUUCUCCACCCUGCUCCCUCCAUCGGAUGCAGGCAUCCACAACCGACCCUCCCCAUCCAGGCCCCAGAGAACCCAGCAGCCAGGUGUUUUGAAAAUUUCGGGGCUUUUUUUUCCCGUUUGUUUUUUUUUCCACUGGGGUGGGUGUGUAGGGGGGAGCAAUUCUCCUUUUCUUAAACUUAAAUAAAGUGUUACAAAAUAGA